CUCACCUUUCUCUAUAAGGGCUUACUAUCUAUCCAGUUCACGGUUAGCUGCAUUUCUGGUGCAAUAAAUUACUUGAUACAGGUUCCAAAGAAAGAAAUCCAAGAAAAUGGCUGCUUCAAAAUCCUUAGAUGACUUUAAUAAACUGUUAGAUACCUCAGAUACAAAAGUAAAACUAACUGUUACAAAUAACUUACUAGCCUACUUAUCAAACCCAGAAAACAGUUUAGAAUGUGAAGACAUCGGCCUUUUCAUGGAUGCAAUGGUACCCUGGAUGCAGUCAAGCAAUAGUAAGGUGUCACAGAACUCAAUUGAUGUUUUGACAAACUUUGCUGAUCGAAUGAGUACAGAUUUCAAACCGUAUUUGCAUAUGGUAAUAUCUCCUGUGGUUGACAGACUAGGCGACAAUAAAGAAGUCGUGAGGGAGAAAGCUCAGCUUUUCCUUCUGAAACUUUUGGAGAGAGAAAUUGCAUCACCAUAUUACUUGUUUGAGAAGUUGACAUUAGCAUUUACUCACAAAAAUGCUAAAAUCCGAGAAGAAGUGUUAAUCUGUUAUCAGUCCGCACUGAGGGAGCAUGGACCUUCAAACCUUGGCUUGUCAAAACAUGUUCCAAGCAUUUUGAAACUUCUGCAUGAUCCACUUCCAUCUGUGAGAGAUGCAGCUUUUAAUGCAUUGACUGAAAUAUAUCGACAUGUAGGGGAAAAAUUUCGACAAGAUAUCCAACGUCGCUGCAGUGCCAAAGAUACUAAGAUUGCAGUCCUUUUUUCGAAGUUUGACGAAAUAAAAAAUGAAGGUGGAUUGCUUGCCUCAGCGUGUGGAGCAGAAGAUUCUGCAAGGUCCUUUGAUGAACCUGAUGGAGAUGCUGGUGCUAUCCCGAAAUCUGGAAGACAACGAUCUGCAAGUUUUUCGAGGAAGAACUCUGGAGUAGGCAAAGCAACUUCACCAGGGCCGAGAUCUAAAACCAGGCGUUCGGCCUCCUUUAAGCGUCAGUUGGUUACUGCGUCAUCUGCACCAGGAACUCAAGGCAGUAAAAAAGCAUCAGCGGGAGCAGUGGAUGAGGAGCAUUUUGUGAAAGUUUUUGAGGAAGUUCAACCAGCCACAAUUUUCACUGCGCGAGAAUUGGAAGAAGAGCUGACCAAAAUAACUGACAUAAUUAAUGAUCCAAAUAAUGAUUGGUCAAAACGUGUUGAGGCGUUGAAAAAACUACGAUCUGUUGUAAUGGCUGGAGCUGCUAAGCAUCAGGAAUUUUUCAAACACUUACGUUUAAUGGAGACACCAUUUUUAGGAGUUUUGAAAGAUCUGAGGUCACAGGUUGUGAGAGAAGCAUGCUGCACAAUAGCUUUUAUGUCUCAACACCUAGGCUCGAAGUUUGACCAUUUUGCAGAAAUUAUUCUUGGCAAUCUAAUUAAUCUGAUUCCAAAUUCAGCCAAGGUAAUAGCAACUGCUGGCCUAGUAACAGUACGCUUUCUCAUAAGGUCCACUCACUCAAACAGACUGAUACCAGCGAUAAUAUCAAAUAUGGAAUCAAAAUCGAGGGAAAUCCGACGAGCAUGUUGUGAGUUUCUUGAAUUAAUUCUUCGUCUUUGGCCCGCUCACACACUUGAAAAACAGGUUGCAAACCUGCAACAAGCUCUGAGGAAAGGAAUGUAUGAUGCAGACAGUGAAGCUCGGCAGUGUUCCCGUAGGGCUUUCUGGCAUUUCCGGCUCCAUUUUCAUGAAAAUGCUGAGCAGAUAUUAAACUCACUGGAUAGUACACAUAAGAAAGCUCUUAAUCUUGAAAUGGGAAUGUCAAAUUCAAACAAUAUAGCAGACCAGCAAGGAGGAAGAGGAGGUAGGCUGGCAGCUGGAAGUGACUUUCCAAGAGGUCGAACUGUUGCAGAUGGAUCACCACGUCGAGGUUCAGCUCCUGGCCCAUCAGCACUCCGGUCUAAUAGUGCUAUUGAUCUGCAGGCAGCCCAACGUGCCAAGGCAAGAGCACAGUAUGCUGCUUUAGCUCGACAUAAAGUAGGAUCUGGGGCGUCUCUUCCUCGGCCAGGAAAGAAAGCUGCAGACUCAUCUGGCAUGUCCACAAGUGUUAUAACAUCUCCAGAAAGAUUGGGCAGAACAAGGAGUCGGAUGUCAAAUGUAUCUCAGUCCCAACCUACAAGCCGCUCAGGGUCUCCGUCUUCCAGACUAAGUUAUGCUACCUUUUCAACUACAAACAGAGAAACAGGACAUGAUGGCAGACAACGUAGACCAUCCGGCAUCCCUCUCUCGACAGGACCUAGUUGUGAAGCUAGCAGAGAGACUUCGCCAAGUCGUUACUCUUUAAAUCUACUUGAUCGCUCAUUUGGCUCAAAAUUGAGAGGGAGGUCUGGACAUAUUGGCAAUGUGAGUGAUCGCCAAGGACAGUCCCGACCAGUGAUGGCCCAAAAAAUAUUACAACAGAGUCGGGAAGCUGAGUCUGCACUAGCUGAUGCCUUGACAUUCGACUCAGUUGACGGAAAUGAAGUUGGCAGCCGAGUACCACUCAGCCGCAAGGCAUACAGAUCGUUUGAUGAUCAUUCAGAUGACAGUGAGACAUCCAGUGUGUGUUCAGAGCGAUCUCUUGAUUGCUACAGGAGGUCUGGUGAUAACAUAUCGGACAUCAUAAACAACUGUGCCAGCACACACUGGAAUGAGCGUAAGGAUGGGCUGGUCUCAUUGCAAGCAUAUUUCCAAAAUGAAAACAGACUAAGACACGUUGAACUCCAAUGAGUAACUGAAAUUUUUACCAAAAUGUUCAUGGACUCCCAUACAAAAGUCUUCAGUAUGUUUCUGGAUACUCUAAAUGAACUAAUUCUAGCACAUAAAGAUGAUUUACAUGAUUGGAUAUACAUUCUGCUUACACGUCUCAUGAAUAAACUUGGUGGAGAUUUGCUGGGUUCAAUCCAAAAUAAAAUACACAAGUCAUUAUCUAUUGUAAGGGAAUCAUUUCCACUGGAACUCCAAAUGAAUGCAAUUAUAAGGUUCCUGGUUGAUCAGACUCAAACACCCAAUUCUAAAGUUAAAGUAGCUGUUCUUCAAUACUUGGCCCAGCUUGCAUCCUAUAUGGAUGCCUCAUCCUUUAACCCAGGUGCCCGAGAAGCAGCUGCAGCUUUAGCCAAAGUAAUCAGUUGGACAAAUGAUCAGAAAUCAGCUGAAAUCAGAAAAGCCGCUCAGAACGCUCUAAUUGCAUUAUUCAACCUGAAUACACCUCAGGUGACAAUGAUUUUGUCAUCACUGUCUCCAGAUUACCAGGAAACAGCAGCAAGCCUUGUAAAUAGCCAUGUAAGGCGCAGUAGCACGGGAAGUUCGCCCCCAUCACCAUCACCACAUGUUCAGUCUCCAGCAACUCCACAGUCUAGACCUUCUCUGGAGAUGGAUGAGGGAAGUCUCAAUCCAGAAGAAGUGUACAGGUCACUCCACAGAACAACCACAGAAAUACAGAAUUAUAGUUUUGAUGGUGGCCUCAGUUCUGUGAAAAUGCUGGAUAAGGAACGAGAAACUACAUCACACGAUUCUGGCAUCAGUCAGAUGUCUUGCGGUAUGGAGAAAUUAGAAGAACAAAUGGAACAUCUUCUGUCAAUUAGUAGAGAACCUACAAAUUUGGAUGGCCAAGAUUCAGAUCAAGAUUACAAGAAUAUGCCAUCGGCAGCUCUAGUAGAAGAAAACUGUCAAAUUGUGCAGAAUGUGAUUGACACUUUAAAAGUUGAUGAUGAAGGAAAUGCAAAAGUAUCUGAGCAAGACAGUAAGAAAGCACUUUCUCAGUUAAAACACCUAAUAAAAUCUGGAGCUGUUGGUAUCAUAGUCUAUAAUUUCAAGGUUCUAUUAAGGGUUCUGGUAUCACAGUUGGCACUACCUCACUCUCCAGUGAAGACGUACAUUUUAAAUGUGCUACACGAUAUGAUCAAAGACCCAACUGUGAGACAUUGUUUUAAUAUGUACGUAGAGUUAAUCGUGCUGCGAACGCUAACAGCUUACAGUGACCCGUGUAAAGAGGUGUCGAAAGCAGCUGAGCACUGCAUUUCAGCUAUUGGAAAAUCACUGCCUCCUGAACAACUCAUUAAUGUAGUUUGUCCAUUGAUAAAAACAGGAGAUCUUCCAAUGAAUUUGGGAGCUAUAAAAAUAUUAACUCGUGUCAUUGAACACACUACGCAAGAUAUUUUAGAACCACAUCUGAAAGAAAUAAUGGAAAGUCUCGUCAAAGCAUAUGAUAACGAAGAAAGUUCUGUGAGGAAAUCUGCUGUAUUUUGUAUGGUUGAAUUACACGGUAUUGUUGGAGAGGCAGUUUUGCAACCGCAUUUAGCUAGCUUAAACAAUAGUAAGCUGAAACUUCUUCACCUGUAUAUCAAACGAUCGCACCAUGGUGGUUCGAGUGGCAUCACUUCACCAAAAACCACAACGUCGUGAAACUUUUAAUACUCGUUAAUUUUGGCUUUAAUGUAUUCUAUCAUUCCAGUGCUUGUCAAUUUUUUUAACGAAACAGAGUUUUCCAGUUAUUAAAGCCCAAAAAUAAACAGUA